AUUUUAAAACUGAAAACCAAAUUUACUGCAACGUUCAACGCAUGUUGAAUUUCCGGUGUACAAACUAACGUCUACGGGCGGGAUUCCGUGUGUUCUGCACUGGAUUUCGGUUUCAUUUGUUAGGGCAUUUUGAUUUGGCCCAAUCAAAAUGAGGCGUAAAUCGGUAAAGGAGUGAUUCUGGGUUCUUUUCUUAGAUUAAUAAUUUAUAUAUGUGGAUUCUUUAAGAGGUGAACACUACUUCUAGUCAUUAUGAUGAUUAUGAUCGUGCGAAUCUUUUCUUUACUCCUCGUACUUGUCUUAUUGGGCGAAUCAUGUCAACGUUGAUGAUGGACUUAUUGCGGGCGAACCAGUGGUGCACGGGUGUUACGGAAGGAUUGGGAAUUUGUUUUGGAGAUGCUACUAAUGUCCUGGAUAGACAGCGGAUAUUACAAAUACCUACUGAUGCAUUAGAAGGCCUGGAUCGCGGUCAGCCAGAAGGAGCGGAAGAACACGAUGCCAGUGCAGGAUGCAGUAGCUCCGAAACUGAACCCGAGAAAUCCAUGCUGCCACUGGAGGCGCCGCUAACUGAGCAGCAUGCCGCCAUUCUCCGUUUACACAACGAAGAAAAAUCCCAUCGACAGAUUGCCAAGCUCCUGUGCGUCAGUACGAAAACCAUCAAGAAAGUCCUGGUGUCCGCGGGCAUGGCGACGGAAGCCGGUCGACCCGGCCGGAAGUUGGCCUUAACCGGUCGGGAAGAGGAGGCCCUGGUGGAAUUCCUACUGGCGCUGGAUCAGGUGAAUCUCAAUUGGACGUGGCCGUUACUGCACAAACUCCUCGAGAUCGUCGCUAAGAAAAAGGACCCAUCAGGUUCCGGGAACGGGAGCAGUCGGAGCUUCUCUAGUAAGUGGCUGUUGGGUUUCAGCCACCGACACCGGAAGAAGAUCGCCCUGCGGGUGGUGGACUCGGGGCUGAGCGGUCCCACGCAGAACAAACAGAGAACCCAUCCCGGUAGGAUGGAUUGCUUUGAGGAGAUCCUCCGGCGGUUAUACACUAGUCUGUCCAUCCCCGAUGUGCCGGCCAGCCUCCUGGAGGUGCAGGAGAUGUGGGUGCACCACGUGGAGAGCCCCAAGACGCGCAAGGUGUUCGCCCGCAAAGGGCGGAAAAACGUGCGGUUGACCAUCGCCUGGUCCACUGCCGGAAAUGGAAACAAAAAGCGCACACGCCGCGUGAAACCACCAGCCGGUGGAGACAACAUCAGCCGUGUUCCGCCCGGUAUCCAGCCGCCGCUGCCGGCCGUUCUCCCGCCGAUCAGUGAUACAGCGCUGCGGAUAGUGCUGCAGGCCAUCAUGAGGACCGGCUACACGGAGGAGGAUGCGAAGCAAAUCCUGCGUGAUAUCAACGUCCCCAUCUGAACAUACUUACUCGUGACCAAUUUCCCCGUGCAAUGCGAAUGCUGCAUUGGCCAAAGUUAUAUUUUUUUAUUAUUCUAUAGUCUGUAGAACUGCUUCGGUUUAAUAUCGUGGAUCGUGCAGACAAGCGCAUGUCUGUUGGAAGUUCAAAGUGACCCAGUGUUGGCGAUGAAUGCCCAGUGAAUGUGGCUAUCUGAUGUACAGCAUAAGUUUAAUACCUGUACAUGUACUCGCACUUUAUACUGCAGAGUGCGGACCAGUUGAUCGAUUUCUGGUUUCUAGCUCGAUCCUGACUGGCACAAAUCGGACAGCUUGUUUUUAAUUUUUUAGAAGGUUUUCUUCGCUUUUCCGGUACUAGCCGGUCAGUAUAACAUAGGUUUUCCUCGCUUUUCCAGUACUUGCCGGUCAAUAUAUUUGGGCAAAAUAAUGAUAAGGAGUAUGAAGUAAA